AUUGGUUGCCACGUAAAUCUGCUCCAUAUUCAGUCUGCUCUAGUUUUAAUAAAUUCCCCUCGAUGUAUUGGUAUAGGAAUAUAAGAAAGAAUACAUCUAACAUAAUUUGUAGGUCUUGGGGAACCCUAUCUAAAACCAAUUCAAUGGUGAUCAGUGGAAAGAAUGCUCCUUACACUGGUGGUCAGUGGGAAGAAUGCUCCUUUCACUGGCGGCCAGUGGGAAGAAUGCUCCAUCCACUGGUGGUCAGUGGGAAGAAUGCUCCUUCCACUGGUGGUCAGUUGGAAAAAAGCUCCUUCCACUGGUGGUCAGUGGGAAAAAUGCUCCUUCCAUUGGUGGUCAGUGGGAAGAAUACUCCUUCCAUUGGUGGUCAGUGAUAAGAAUGCUCUUUACAUUGAUGGUCAGUGGGAAGAAUGCUCCUUCCAUUGGUGGUCAGUGGGAAGAAUACUCAUUCCAUUGGUGGUCAGUGAUAAGAAUGCUCUUUACAUUGAUGGUCAGUGGGAAGAAUGCUCCUUACAUUGGUGGUCAGUGGGAAGAAUGCUCCUUCCAUUGGUGGUCAGUGGGAAGAAUGCUCCUUCCACUGGUGGUCAGUGGGAAGAAUGCUCCUUCCAUUGGUGGUCAGUGGGAAGAAUGCUCCUUACAUUGGUGGUCAGUGGGAAGAAUGCUCCUUCCAUUGGUGGUCAGUGGGAAGAAUGCUCC